AUGUCCAUCCCCGAAGCUCCAACACCGUGUCCGGCGCACAGAUUCGUGCGUUUUCGCACGCGUAACGACCCGAAUCCACGCGUGGGCGUCUUGCUCGCGCCGAGCGAAGAGAAAUCAUCAUCACCGCUCGUGCACGCGCCGCGGUUCUGCGCGCACGAUGCGUCGACUGCGAUCGUCCCAUCCACCAUGCGCGAGGCAUUAACGAUGUACGUCAACGAUCAUAGAUCGUUACGCGUCGACGCGUCGUUAUCGACGCCGCUGGAAGAGUGCGAGCUCCUAUGCGCGGUGGACCGGGACGUCACGAUUGCGUGCGUCGGGAAAAACUAUUUAGAACACGUCGGCGAGGUUGACUCCACGAUGCCGGGAAUAUCGCGAAUGGAUGUUCCCGAGGCGCCGAUCAUAUUUUCCAAGGCGAGCACGAGCCUGAACGCGCACUUGGGGUCGAUCGCGACACGCGGGCGGAAGGACGUCGACUACGAAGGCGAGCUCGUCGCCGUCAUUGGACGAGAGUGUAGAGACAUCGAUCCAGGGAUGAGUGAUGAAGACGUCGUGAAGAAUUAUGUGAUUGGAUGGAGCAUCGCAAACGACGUCACGGCGCGAGAGCUACAGAAGACGCAUCAACAGUGGUUUCUCGGGAAGAGCGGCGACACGCACUGUCCACUCGGGCCGUGGGUGUGUUGCGACGACGGACGCGCGCCCGCGCUCGGCGCGGCGUCCAUCACGACCGCUGUGAACAGUGAGAUUCGUCAACGGAGUACGGUUGACCAGCUUAUAUGGAGCGUCGGCGCUCUCAUCGCGUGCAUUUCGAGACAUCAAACCUUGCGUGUUGGCGACUGCGUGUUAACCGGAACGCCGAGCGGCGUCGGCGCUGGAUUCGACCCACCUCGAUUUCUCCAACCGGGCGACGCGUGCGAGGUCACGAUCGAGGGUGUGGGUACACUAAAAAACACCGUGGUCGAGAACAUUUAA